AGAGGGAGGGGAGAGAGAGAGAGAAAGAGAGAGGAAAACAAACAUGGCUCAUCGCGGGGCUUGUGAGGGACAGUUUUAGCUUUAUUAUCGCCCCGUGAAGUGCAGGUGAUGGGCGAGGUGGCGGCGGCGGGCGUGCAGGUGGCGGCGCAGGUGUGUGCAGCGCCGAGGACAGCAUUCAGCGGUGAGGAUGGCCUGGAGGAUGAGCGGGAGAAGGCGGUGGCGGCGGCGGUGGACGUGGUGGCCGCCAGCGCGCGACGUGGGGUGGUCACCCUGUGUGCCAGCGUCGCCCACAUCAUCAGGAAGAACUUCAGGCUGCAGCAACAGGUGAUGGAACUGGAGGGUCGUCUGAGGGAGCUGGAGACACUGGCCGGCCUCCCCGAGAACAGCAGUGCCUUCAGCCAGUGCCAGGAGGAUAGUGCUGGCAGCCAGGGGCCAGAAUGCAGCAGUGCCACCAGCCAGUGCCCCUCCACCUCUGAGAGCCUCCCCGAGUCCCCGUCAUCACAGCGGUGUGGCUCAGCACCUCCGCACUACCCACCUGGCUUCCCGAGGCCGUACCAGUGCCAUGGGCCGGCUCUGAGGAAGGCAAGUGAUCCUGAAGGUGGCGCUGGCUUCCUUCGGGGACGCACCAGGGCCUCCACCGGGAACUUGAGUCACUGCGGUCCUGGGGCGAGGUCAUCAUUUGUGAGGAGGAAGUACCGCAGCAUCAGCCUUCGAAGGGUCAGACGAACUACCACCGCCAUCACACCCUUUGCCGGGAGACAGGGGCGGCCAGGAGGAGACAGCCAGAGGAGCAGCACGGCCAGCCUGGAGCAGCAGCCAGCCAGCAACAGCAACACCAGCAGCAAGUCAUGUAUUGUCACUGUGGCUGAGGUGCAUCUUUCCCCCGAGACCACCGCCACCACCACCACCACAAACUCAACAGAGGGCGAUGCUGUGAAGAUGUUGGCGCAGAAAUUGACCAGCGUGUUGCAGGAAGACAGCACUAACCCCCAGGAAGACAUGGAUGACCUGGUGUUGUCUGCACCGCACCCGCUGGCUGGCUGCGAGUGUGCCGUGUGUCUGCAGCUCUCCACACACCCGGACGUCCUCCCCUACGAGAUUGUCACAGAUGAGGGGUCGCUGCUUCCCCGGGGCAGUACAGUGUUGGUGAGUGGCCAGCGGGUGGGCACUGUGGUCUACUUUGGGCACUGCAGGCACCAGGCAAAGGGCGCCAGCAGCCCACAUCGACUCAAGGCAUCACCAACACCCCAGCAGCAGCAGCAGCUCCCCUCAUCACCCAGCACCCAGCAGGCCCCCACAGCAGGCAGCUCACCACCGCCACCCCACCAGCAGCUGCCUCUUCCUGCAGCACCCAGCUCCUGCGAUGGGCCACAAGUAGGACCAGCCAGCCCCAUCGGGGUGACUGUGAUACUUUGGCCACCAGACGAGGGUGAAGUGUUUGUGCCGCUAAAUGAAGUCAUCUGUCAGCUGGACGACGAGGGGAUUCCAGGCAGCUCCGAAGAACAGUCCAGCCUUGUCGAGGAGGGAGAUGACAGGAGAAGCGUCGGUGAUGAGGAAGACACCCCCGCCAUCCUUCACAAGGGCAGCACGCACCCUGACCACACCCUCACAGAGCUACAGGAAGCACCUAAAGGCAUGACAGAGACAGAGUGCAUAAUGGAAGACGCGUUACCUCCAGUGACAGGCUUUGGUGCCACAGAGAACAGAGAAAAACCUUGCAAACACCCUCGCCUAAGGUCAGUUUCUGCCUCCCACUGCUCGUAUGAAACACUGGAGCACGGCAACGAGGCAGCAGAGUCAGACAGAGGAGAAAAAACAGACAGAGUACCCAAGACCCACACACUGGCCAGGCUGAACAGCGCAGACGCAGCACGAAAGAGGACACAUGCAGGAAUGAAUCACAGCCUGCCGGCCUCCCCCAGACAGUGGAGGGAGUUUGAAGGGGAUCCUGAAGCACACUACUCGGACAGCGACAAAGGGAAGCUCCAGUUUGGCGACACGUGGGACUCUGGCUGCUACAUGAGUCUGGGCCGGCAGAGCAGCGAGUGUUCUGAACAGUUUUCUGAUCUCGAGAGCGAGUACAGCAGCACACCGUGGGCCAGCAGCUUGGAGGAGGCGCUCGACUCAGUGUGGAAGAGACACAGACAACGCGACGCCCACAGCCCCUUUCCCAGGAGACAACCCACUGACACCUUCUUUGUGGAUAGGGAGAUUGAGCUGCAGGACUACAGGAUUCUUAAAAAGGCAAGGGACGAUGCCAUAGGGUGAAGGAGUGAGUCCAGGCGCCACAGCUCCAGUGUCUGUGGCUGCUGCUGGCCCUCCUGUUCCUGUCAUCACCCUUGGGCAAACACCACCAGCACCACUUGCCCAGCCUUGCUUCCAUAUCCUGAGGA